AUGUGUCUUUUCGGAUGUUGCGGUAAGAAAAAUGAAGCUGUGGCUCCUAAAAGUAAAGUCGAGCAACGCGCCAGCGACAACGAAUCAGGAAAUGAGAUUUGUGACAGAAGCGGCAACAAAUGGAUUAAAGAUGAAUUUGUGAAAGAAAAUGAUCCCAUUAGCGUAAAACAUGAUUCAACCAAGAACCAUUUUUGGAAAAUAGAAAGAACAACUACCCUGGACGAGCCAAGUUGGAAAUUUGGCUUGCCUUCUGCAGAUGGACAACUACUCUACUUAACCUACAGUUUGGACGUAACUGAUAAUACAGUCAAAAUGAAAAAAAUAGUAAAGAGCGAAGUCAUAAAAGCAAGUCAUUUUACGAUGGUAUUACAAGCUGACACAGGGAUAUUGUUUCGGGCUGACUCGCCGCAUAACCGUUAUCUUGUGCGAAAUCAAGACGGAAUUUUGGAGAUGAAAACAACUGAUGAUCCAACUAAUGAUAUGGAAUGGAGGAUCAAUUAUAUCACACCCAUUUCUGUCACACCAAGUUUUCCGUCUUUGUAUAGCGCACAAAUAAAACAUGGUACCGAAUCCAAGAAAUGGUUAUCUUCUGAUCCUGCCAAUAACUAUUCUGUUCAACAAGUAGAAACCAGGGCAACACAGAAUUGCAAACGAAAUAACCAGUAUUUUUGUGUCGAAACAGAAAAUUCGAAUCUACCAAAUCGGGAUCAGGAGUUACACUCCAAUGCACCGACAACAGAAAAUACAUUCAUGGUCCAGAAGAUGACGGGGAUUUGGAAUUGA